CUGGCAAGGAUUUACAACUACGGGGCACAUGGAGAUGGAGGGUAAAAGUGUGAAAGUAGGCAAUGCUAGUUUUAUGGUUCAGGUAGCUCGCGUUGCUGUGGAGCUUGUGCUGCGUGAAGUUUUAUGGAAUACGGCAAAAGGCAGAUUUCGUGACAAUAUUUCUACAAGAAUUCUUUUGUUGUUGACAAUAUUUCUACUGUGUUAUUUCAAUACUGUCUCUGUCAUAUAAUAAGUGCACUUCUAGUCUCAGUCCUACGAUAAGUGCACUUCUAGAAUUUAAAAUUUAUCAUAGAACAAGUGCAUUUUAGUUAUGGGACCAUCUAGCUCUAGUAGACUUUACUACUUUCUCUGUUCACAAAAUUGCAACUAUUACAUGUUUGAACUUAAACUUCUGUUCGCUUGAGCUUAUCUGCCAAAUCUGACAGCCAUUCAACACUCACAACAAAUCAGCAAACAGUACUUUCAGCCAUGGAUCAUUAGCUAAACGAAUAGACUAAUCUUACAAGUACAUUUAUUUUAGGAUGGAGGGAGAACGACAAACAGUGAGCGAACCUUUUGGCUUGCAAUACUUGCAAUUCUGAAAACAAACUAGCAACCUUUUCAUCCCAGUUUCAGCGUGCAAUUUUUCCGGGAUGUAUUCAAGAGGGAAAGUUCAGCGUGCAAUUUCGUUUGUGCUGAUUCGUGGCCUAUAAUUUAUUUUCAAACAAGAAGGAGCUGGAUCGGAGUUGUCUGCCCAAAAAUAAGAGCACCGGCCAACCCUUUGUGGCAAGCCACAUUUCAAGGUGUCUAAAUGUGGUUAGCAGCAAACUAGCCUGCCCCAAUCUCUUUCAUCUGUUUGCUUGCUAUCCUGCAUUAGGAACUCAAACCGUCCUCUGCCAUGUUGCAUUCAACAACUUUGAACGAGACUGCCUUCCACGCUUCGCUCCGUUUCCAUCCUCGGUUGCAGCUGGAGUUGUUGGCGAUGAUGUCACAAGAGGAUUAAAGGCAACACAUAUCUGGAAAAAGAAAAAAAAAAUCACACGGCAAAACUACGUUGACAGUCCUGGGCGCGCAAUCUUGUUUGAAAUGGGAAAUAAGGGACCAGUGCCAACACAAGAAUUGACAAUCGAUGACAUCAAGAUCGACGACGAAGCACCGUCAAAGGCAGCACCACCGUCCACGUCGUCUGUUGUGAACAAGAAGAGCAAGACAGACGUGGAGCGAGAGCAGCUAUUUGGAGGAUCAAGCGAUGAUGUUCACACGCCACGGAAGAAAAGCACCCAAGAGAUCCUCACCAAAUACAAAUUCAAAGGGGACGCCGCGGCCGCCGCGGCCCACGCGAAACAAAAGCUCGUGGAGCGGCAGGAGAAACUUGCGAGAAUAACCGAGCAAUCCGCGGAGCUGGAGAGCGAAGCCGCGAACUUCGCCACCCUCGCGCAGCAGAUCAGGAAAAACACCGAGACCUGGUGGUGGAAGCGAUGAUUCCGCCGCCUGAACCUGAUGAACGCGGGGGCAUCGCAUCGGUCAUUCGGUCAUCGUAUCUCCAACAGGCAACAACAGGCAGCAGAGCUCCGCGCUGGCUGGCUGCCUACGUCGCCUUGGCCGGCUGGCUGAUCGAUCAAGCGAUGCGCUUGUAACACGCUUAGCUCAUGAUGAAGAGUAAGCAGGCUGGACGCCACGAGUCGUAUGCAUGGCUGUAACCCUCGAGUUGGUUGGUUCCUCCCUGCAAAGUCACAAAUCAGUCUAUUAUAAGCACCGGCUUUGUCGUGGUUGAUUUCUCAGUUUGUUCACCGUUUUGUCAAUCGCAGCCGACGAUUGUUGCACGGAGAGAAUCGGAGGCUGUUGAGUGUUGAGCCUCUGGAACACUUUGAACCUCUGGGCCAGGAGCGCAGCCAGGCCUCUUUGCAAGGCUAGCCCAUAUGCCGUCUCCACAUUUAGUGUAGGCAGCCCAGCUGAGCUAAAGAGAAACCAAAGAAUCAACACUAUUCUCUCGUCUAGAUACAGAUCCGAGCAGGCAAUGUAUCUUUCGUUGCAGAGAGACUCUCAGGUCGGUCAGGUCGUUAUAGCGGAAUCACUAGCUAACAUGCGGAUCGGAUAGGUAGGAAGAGAAAUAGUAGUGUACUACUAUGCUGAUGAUGAAACUUGAAAGACACCAGGA